ACAGGAAAAAAUGGUGUCUCGGCGAUUCGCUCAAGUGUCGAGUGACGAGGAAGACGAUGUACCAGCGACUAGGUCAAAGGGACAGAACUCGAGGAGCCCUGAUGAAACAACGGAUGGGAAGCGGGGGAAGCGGAGGAAGCGUAAGAAGGUGAAGCUGUACGAAGAUUAUACAGACGAUGAGGAAGAGAAGGAAACGGAGAGGAAGCGAAAGAGAAGGGCGAAAAAAGACGAGGAGGAGGAAGAGGAGGAGGAGGAGGAGGAGGAAGAAACGCCUCCGGAGGAAGAAGAGGAGAAGCCUGAUGACGCGAGUCCGAUUGGUGAAUCGGUUAAGGUUACGGGUAAAGGCAAAGGAAGAAGAACCCAUUUCGAGCAAUUCGAGUAUGAUGGCAACAAAUACGAACUGGAGGAUCCGGUGCUGUUGGUUCCAGAAGACACAAAUCAAAAGCCAUAUGUUGCCAUUAUUAAGGAUAUUACCCAAAAAAAAGAUGGAAGCAUGAUGAUUCUGGGACAGUGGUUUUAUCGUCCAGAAGAAGCAGAGAAAAAGGGUGGUGGGAACUGGCUAUCAAGUGAUACACGAGAACUGUUCUACAGUUUCCAUCGUGAUGAAGUGCCAGCUGAAUCUGUGAUGCACAGAUGCGUGGUGUAUUUUGUCCCAGCCCAUAAACAACUCCCAAUACGCAAAAAUCACCCUGGUUUUAUCGUACGGAAGGUCUAUGAUACUGUUGAGAAGAAGCUGUGGAAGCUGACUGACAAAGACUAUGAAGACUCCAAACAACAUGAAAUCGACCUUCUUGUCGAGAAGACGAUGUCGCGAUUGGGUGAUCUUCCUGACCUGGAACCUGAGGAAGUGCCUGCUGAUAUGGAGAAUCUGUUGAAGUCUAAAAGAUCUUUCCGGAAAGUAAACAUAGCUCCUGUUGAUGUUAAAAAGGAGGAAGAUGCCUCUCUAAAACCUGAGACCCCUGGAAGCGGUGCGGCUAUUUCGUCGGAGCAUUAUUCUAUCUUACUGAAGUUCGAUUCACUAACAGGUGAUUCUCAUCGUGACAAGUGUUUGGCGAAGCUUCUGGAAGCAGUCCAGAACAUAUGCUAUACCACUGAGAAGAAACUAGCUGGCGAUGAAGCAAAGGUGGGUUCAGGUGGAUCCCAUCUUGAACAGGAUGGGAAAGAUGCUGAAAAUGGAUCUCAGGAAACACCAUUAAAGGAUGAGAGUUUUCUCUGGCCAGAUGCUGCUGUUCCUCCGGUGUGUGCUCUUGAGCAAGCUUUACAUGUUUCACUUGCAUCGGAUUAUCAUAAGUAUAAUCAAAAGAUGAGGACACUGGUUUUCAAUCUCAAGAACACUGCACUGCUAGCUAAACGACUGCUCAAUGGCGAGUUAGAGCCAGCAAAGAUCCUGAACAUGUCACCCACUGAAUUAAAGGAGGGUCUUACUGCUGAGGAAACAGCGAAGAAGGAGCCUGAUGAUACAGAACGAAUGCAGAUGACUGAUGCAAGAUGCUCGAGGUGCAGUCAAAUCAAAGUUGGUCUGAGGGAUAUCAUCCAAGCUGGGCAUGGAGAUCGCUAUCAGCUGGAGUGUAUUGCCUGUGGACAUUCCUGGUACGCCUCAAGGGAUGAGGUAUCAACUCUGACUAUAAACGCAGAAAAACCUGCCCAAGGCACAGAGAGUGAGGACGUAGAGAAGAAUUUGACCAGUCCUCGUGAAGAAGCUGAGAAGAAAGCCACAGACGAAUCCGUGAAGACGACCAAUGACUCAAAUGCUGACAAUAAUGCUGAAGCCACCAAGAAACCAGAGUAAAAAAAGUUAUGUUGAGGGUUUUAAACUGUACAACCGUAUGUUUAGGAUUUUGAUCAAACUGGAUUUCAUUUUAACAUCUGAUUAACCGCAAUAGUUAAGUUGGGUAAAGCUUAUUUAUGACAAUAAAUUAAGACAUUCAUUAUGGGCAUAUAAUAAAUCAAUUGUCAAUGGAA